GACAGUCGGUCGCAGACCGCGCUGGGUUGCCGCCGCCGCUGCCGCCAUCGUGCCAGCCCCUCGGGUCUCAUCGAGGCCGGGCGACGCUCCAGAAUGGGAGACAAGCCAAUUUGGGAACAGAUUGGAUCCAGCUUCAUUCAACAUUACUACCAGUUAUUUGAUAACGACAGAACCCAACUAGGCGCGAUUUAUAUUGACGCAUCAUGCCUUACGUGGGAAGGACAGCAGUUCCAGGGGAAAGCUGCCAUUGUGGAGAAGUUGUCUAGCCUUCCGUUCCAGAAAAUCCAGCACAGCAUCACGGCGCAGGACCAUCAGCCCACGCCAGAUAGCUGCAUCAUCAGCAUGGUGGUGGGCCAGCUCAAGGCCGAUGAAGAUCCCAUCAUGGGCUUUCACCAGAUGUUCCUAUUAAAGAACAUCAAUGAUGCUUGGGUUUGCACCAAUGACAUGUUCAGGCUUGCUCUGCACAACUUCGGCUGACCUCGUCCCAGCCAGGCACUCAUGCUGUUUCCUCCUCCCUCCUCUUCCCGAUACUAUUCACACUCCUCCAGAUGCUCCAAAUAUCAUACACAAAUGAGCAGGGCCGCGGUGGGAGUGGGUGCAGUGCGCUGCUGCCACUGGGGUGUUGUGCAUGAUGUUUGGACACUAGACUAGUUGCAUCUGACAGGAGAAGUUUGUGUUGUACCAGCGCAUGCCUUGGAAAGACUUAAGUAAUGCAAAAGGUUUUUUUUUUUUUUUUUUUUUGGUUUUUGUUUUAUUUUUUAAAUCUACUGACAAGUUGCUCUAGUAACCCAAAGAAGUGAAGGAGAAAGCAGCUGCCUCACCACCCAGAUAUUGAUUUGUUCAGAUGUUUCAAUGCCUCAUUAUACAAUAAAACCACAAAAAUUUUCUUAA